AUGGACAGGCCUCCAUCCUUUGACCGAGUGGCGAGCAACCUUGACCAGAUCCUCGUGGAGCCAUCUACCCCCCUCGAUGUUCACCUCAUCGACAAGCUGGGCGCCGAAGUGGUAGCUCAGACUGACCACAAGCUCUCUACUUCGCUGAUUGCCUUGAUAUCCCGCGUCCUGCCCGUUAUUCAGGAGGAUCCAAGCCCUAUUACGGCCCUAGCAACAAAGGUGGCCAGGUUCCUGAGCUUUGCAGAGCUUCGUUCAAUCGAUCCCCCAAUUGACUUCGUUGCCGGAAUCAAAGCUGAUUUCCCUCCGAUCAGCAAUCUUACGCUUUUCCUCGUUGCAAAAGCAAGCGAAUCUCCGAGCCAUGUUGCGGAGAUUGCGAGGGAUUCAGAUCUUGUCAGGUCGAUCGUGGAAUUAUGGCUGUCAACGGUUGACUCAGGGGUUUCACAAGCUGCCUAUGACGUUCUCUGGUCGCUUCUAGAGGCUGAUCAUUUAGUUUCAAAUACCGUCAAUGGAGGAUCAAGCAAUACGCCACGACAUGGUGGACUUAUGUGGCAGAGAUUGUUCCAGGAUAGGUCUGUAUACGGACUCCUCUUUACCAUAUGCUCGCUCCGUACCGUUGGACAGGCGGGACAGAUAAAUGCCCGACAAAAGACGGUUGCUCAGGGGAGGCUGAUAGAAUUCGUCGUCAAAGCUGGAUCACUGAACUGGGACGCUAUAUCGACAUCACACUUUGCCGACAUUGAAUCAUCCUUCCAGAGCGAUAGCUUGUUAAGCUUUGUGGCUCUUAAAAUGGUUGACACCAAUGACCUCCUACUACAUAUGACUCUCUUGCAGUUUUUUCGCCAACUGCUUGAGAUCAAUGCCCCAGGCCUACGUCAAUGCAGAAACAAGACAUCCACCUCGGUUCCUGCAUUUUCUUCCCCAUCAUUAGAAUUUCUUAUUAACACUGGGCUACACCGAAAGGUCGUUAAUUACUACCUUAAUCCCUCUACUCUUGACUCUGCUACCGCAAGCUUCCUUUCCACUCCCGUAAUGGCAUAUGUUGCCGCAUACGCAGCCCUCUACCCGAACCAUAUAUUGCAAGAGCAUCAGGCGCAGCUAGAUCGGCUGUCCUCGCGCAUACUCGAAGCAUUCAAUAUCCCAUCAGCCCAAUGGGCACAUGGCCCCGUACCUAUUGGUGACCUGGAUAUAUUGGCUUCACUUCCACGAGUGAUGCUUGUUGAGGCCGGGAAAAGGGGGCUUAAUCCAUUGCUCUCUAUCCCUUCAAAGCCUCUGCACUUAGAGAGCUUGAUGUGUCUAGGGAAAAUAUUUAACGGGCCUUCAUCUUCUGAAGAAUCAAUGGAUAUCGAACAAGAUGUUUCCAGGUGCCCGAACCCUACCAGUCCACGAGCUGAAGCAGCAGCAUCAAGAAUCCUUUAUUUUCAAUACUUGAACGGCCACCCCAAUUUUUGGGCCAGCAUUGUCGAAGCCGCGGAUAUAAUAGCGAUGCAGGAUACAGCAAUCCCGGCGAUAAAUUUCAUUAAAAGUGUCAUAACAGCUAACUGGGUUGUUCUUUCUCCCAAUGAAGAUACAAGCACUCUAACUUCUAGUCGGUUUGCCUUGCCAACGGAGGCUGGUGUUAGCGAGCUUGGUCCUUCGACACAGGGGAAUCUUCCUGUCAGCGGCGCGUGGGCGCUACUUGUACCUCCGGCCUUAACGGUCGUUCUGCCAUAUCUCUUUAAACAGCCGCCUUCCUAUGCAAAUUUUGUUGCUGGAGGUGCCGGAGACACUGAGAGUGCUGUCUGGCGGAUUGCAACUACCAAAUAUGAUGCUCUUGUAGCCCUUCAGUCAGCUGUGGAGAAAAUGGAGAGUGCCGCGGGCGGACUCGAUGAUAUAAAGAGAACCCUAAAACGAAGGGUUGCUGAAGGUCCCAUGGGCGCGCCGAAUGAAAUCGGAAGCAGGAUCGAGGCACUGGAGCUAUGA